CGCGAGGCCCCUCCGUCGGUGAGCCGCAUCGCAAGGCCCUGCGGGGGAGGCGCCGCUGCGCAGGAGGCGGCCGGGCGCGGCAUCGAGUGGUCGCGCGGCACGCUCGGGGCCGACGGGCUGCUGUACUGCGGUGCCUUCGAUGGGCGCUCGGCACUCGCGGUGGACGCUUCGAUGGGUGUGGCGCGUGCCAUCACCAGCGGCGACGGGCUCUUGAGUGGCCCGCUGAACAUCCUGGACGGAAGGGCCAAGUGGAGCGACCCGAGCGCUGCCGCGGACGGGCGGCUGUACGCAGCCCCCUUCGACUCGCAGUCGGUGCUGGUCAUAGACCCCGCCUCGCAGUCCAUCGAUGCCUUCUGGGAUCCCGAGCUGAACGUGCAGGGCGAGGCGAAGUGGGCGCGCGGCGUGCCAGCGGGCGACGGCUGCCUGUACUGCGCUCCGCUGUCAGCGCCCUCCGUGCUGGUCAUCCGGCCAGAGCCGCGCUCCCUGGGGCUGCUGGGCGACCUAGGCUGCUCGCAGGGAAAAUGGAACGAGGGCGUGCUCGGGGCCGACGGCGGGGUGUACUGCUCGCCAGACAGCGCGACCGAGGUCCUGGCCAUUGACCCAGAGACCCAGCAGGUGACGACCUUCGGCAGCCUCCCCGAGGGCCGGCGCAAGUGGACCAAGGGCGUCCUGGCGCCGGAUGGCUGCAUCUAUUGCGCCCCGCUGUGCGUGGGCUCCGUGCUGGUGAUCGAUCCUGCCGCCAGGUCUGCCUCCGUCGUGGACUCCGGCGCUCUGCCAGGGCGUUUCCUGUGGGCCCAUGGCGUCCUGGGGCCCGACGGCCGCAUCUACUGCGGCCCGCUGACGGCGCCCUCCGUGCUUGUGAUCGACCCGCGCCUGAGGGGCGCGCAGGGCUUCCUGUCUGGCCUCGGCGACUUUGGCACCGACCGCUUCAAGUGGAACCAUGGCGCGCUCGGCGCCGACGGGCGCCUGUACUUCCCGGCUGCGCGCAAGGGUGGGAGUGACAAUGGGUGCGGGCCCAUUCGGGGUCUCCCCAUGGCACUGGCCUGCGCGCCUCGAGUUGACCUCCCCGCUGGCCCCUGAAGCCGCGCACCAAGUGCCACUCGUCCUC